AUGGGGAACCAGAUGAUGAAAAUGGAAGCUGCAAUAAUCAAUGAAAUGGCAGGGCAAAGGUCAGAGGUUGGUGGGGGUUGUGAGAAUAUGAUGAAGACACUUUUCCAAGCUUUUGAAAUACUUGAGCAAUGGGAGUGCGAACAAGGUUCGCAAAAUUAUGAUGAUGGAAGCGAGCUAAGGCCGCAAUCUGGUAAUGAUCUAAUUGAAGCAGACUUUGACAACACUUUAGUAAAGGGCACACGAUCGAUUGAUGAGAUCUAUCAGCAAGCUGAUGUAGCACUACUUGAACUUGCGAUCUUUAAAGAAGCUAAAACCAUAGAAGGUUGGAAAGAAGCCAUGCAAGAGGAGUUGAAUAUGAUUCACAAGAACCAAACUUGGGAGCUCGUUGACAAACCGUCGUACAAAAAGGUUAUUGGCGUUAAACUGAAGGUGAGGUUGGGUGGGAAAGGUUUUAGUCAGCAAUAUGGCAUUGAUUAUUGGGAGACCAACAGCAAGGAAGAAAUCUAUGUGGAGCAACCUCCUGCGUUCGCAAUUAGAGGAAAAGAAGAGAAGGUUAAAGCAACCCAAAUUUUAUGCGACAACCAGUCCGCCAUAGCAAUUGCGAAGAACCCAAUCUUCUAUGGAAAGACAAAACAUUUCAAGAUCAAUCCCACAUUUAUUAAAAUAUUUAAAUUGAAAUCCGUGGAAGAGUUCAAGCCGGAUCCAUAUGUAGCAACAAUCUUGAACUGUGCCAUGUGGGUGUUCUAUGGUCUUCCCAUAGUCCAUCCCGACAGUCUUUUGAUCAUUACCAUCAAUGGUGUUGGCCUGGUGAUUGAGGGUGUCUUCGUAACCAUCUUCUUUAUCUUCUCUAACAACAAGAAACGAAAGAGGAUUUGCUUUUAUCUUUUGAUCGAAAUCAUCUUCAUGGUAGCCGUAGUUUUGAUUACUUUACUUGUGUUCCAAACAACCCAAAAAAGGUCCAUGUUUGUUGGAAUUUUGGCCAUUGUCUUCAACAUUGGAAUGUACACUUCACCAUUGACAGUCAUGCGUAUGGUGAUUAAGACAAAAAGCGUCAAGUACAUGCCCUUCAGUCUCUCACUUUUUAACUUCUUAAAUGGAGUUGUUUGGGUGAUUUAUGCAUUACUCAAAUUUGAUAUUAACGUCUUGAUUCCGAAUGGCUUGGGAACCCUGUCAGGUUUGGUGCAGCUUAUACUUUAUGCAUGGUUCUAUAGAACUACCAAAUGGGAUGAAGAUGAUAAAGCACCAGCUCAACAAGUUCAACUUUCCGAGAUUUGAUGAUGACGCCAUCAAAUUUUAUUUC